GUCACCGCCUCUUCCCCACGGAAGUGAAAGGAGCACUUCCAGGUUCGGCAAUAACCGGGGGCCGGCGGCCUUCGAUCGCACUGUUGGGCCUUGUCCCGAAGCUCCGCCUACGCUCCGCUUUUUCUAGAAACCCAGCUUUGCUAUUGACCGUGCUGGACAGCGUCCCAGACGCGUGUGUGAGUCCCCUAUGGCGGAUACGGCCCCGAACGGCCCGCAAGGGGCGGGCGCGGUGCAAUUCAUGAUGACCAAUAAACUGGACACAGCAAUGUGGUUUUCUCGCUUGUUCACAGUUUACUGCUCUGCUUUGUUUGUUCUGCCUCUUCUUGGGUUGCAUGAAGCAGCAAGCUUUUACCAACGUGCUUUGCUGGCAAAUGCUCUUACCAGUGCUCUGAGGCUGCACCAAAGAUUACCGCACUUCCAGUUGAGCAGAGCAUUCCUGGCCCAGGCUUUGUUAGAGGACAGCUGCCACUACCUGUUGUAUUCACUCAUCUUUGUCAAUUCCUACCCUGUUACAAUGAGCAUUUUCCCAGUCUUGUUGUUCUCUUUGCUUCAUGCUGCUACGUAUACAAAAAAGGUCCUUGAUGCAAAGGGUUCAAAUAGUUUACCUCUGCUGAGAUCUGUCUUGGAUAAAUUAAGUGCUAAUCAACAGAAUAUUUUGAAAUUCAUUGCUUGUAACGAAAUAUUCUUGAUGCCUGCUACAGUUUUUAUGCUUUUUAGUGGUCAAGGAAGUUUGCUCCAGCCUUUUAUAUACUAUAGAUUUCUAACUCUUCGAUAUUCCUCUCGAAGAAAUCCAUAUUGUCGGACCUUGUUUAAUGAACUGAGGAUUAUUGUUGAACAUAUAAUAAUGAAACCUGCUUGCCCACUGUUUGUGAGAAGACUUUGUCUCCAGAGCAUUGCCUUUAUAAGCAGACUGGCACCAACAGUUGCGUAGUUUAACAUCCAGCUAAGUUAUAUAUAAUAUAAAUAAGCAUUAUUAGCAGCUGGUACUUCCGCUAGGGUUUGUUAAUUCCAGGUGUAAAACUGACCUCAAUCCAAUUUACAUAAUCUACAUAAAUGCAUCUCAGUGGAAAAAUAAUCAUCUUCCUGGCAUGUUAAAUCAAGCCUUUUAAAAAGUUUCCAAGAAAAUUUUACUGUGCUGUGUUGUUAAGGAUUAAGGAAGUUUGUGUCUGGUGAUAAAUCUAUCAGAUUUUUUUUUUUUAGAUGAUACUGUGCCUUUAUCAUGAAGUACAUUUAUUUCUCUUGUAAAAAUAGCUCUAAAAUUUGUUUCAACCUAAUUGGUAACCUGAAUUUAUAUCUGGCAUGAGUUCAUUAUGGUGAUAUUAACAUAUGUGAAUUCAGUAUGUUUUGAGGCAGUAUUCUUUUGCCAUUCAGCAAUUUUGGUUGAUGAUUUUAACAGAGGCAUUUUCCACUGUAUUUUAUUGUUAUUUGAUCUUUUGUUGCUUUGUUAGGACAGAUUUAUUUUGGAUGUACGAUUAUAAGAGGAAUUCUGCAUGUAUCUUAUGCUAUUACCUUCCAAAAUUUUAUUUCCCUAAUUACUUCUGUGGCUUUGAAUAUUUUUUUAAAAGCCUCAGCUUUAAGUUAGCCAGUUGAGUAAGUGUUUGGGGUCACCUAACUGUUUUAUGUCAGAAAGCGGUAGUCAUACAGCUUUCCUUUCAGAGACCCAGUGGGUAACAUUUCUCAAAUAGGAAAUCCUUCUUUUAUAAAUGUGGACACAUGGGUUUUAUUAGUAUUAUUACAGUUUAUAGAACUACCUAGACCAGAUUCUUGACUGCCAGUUUGCUCGGUUUCUUAGGCUUCACUUUUUCUAGACAAUUGCAGCAGUUCAGAUGCCUUUUGAAAGGAAUGUAACUGCAGAUUGAGCAUACUUGGUGUCUAUUCUGAAAUAAUAAUGAAGAUUAUCCUGUAGAUUACAUACUUACCCAUUAAAUCUGAUUUAAAAUGUUAAAUUAAAACGUUUAUAGGUAAGGUAAUUGAUUGGGAAUAGGGCCAGAGGUGGAGUUACGGGGGAAUAAGUGUACAUUUCAAUUUCAUAGAUAAAUUUAGGGGAAUUGGAUAUAUUAUGCAACUGAUUUGAGUUGUAUAAUAUGUUAAAUCUUGUUCAUUGAGCUUCCGUUAACUCCUUUAUAAAAUUCAGUCUGAUAUUUAUUACUGUUGCAUGAUUGGAAAUGUUUAAAACAUUGCAAAAAUUUUAGUCCAAAAUAAUGUAAUAAUGCUUUUUGUAACCAAUAUUCUUGUGUCUGCAUGUAAUUUGGAGUUUCUCUAAUACAUUUAUUAGUAACUUCUCAGUAACGUCAGUUUUCUUUUUGUUCAACUUAGCAAUCUCUAGAAAUGUGAUAUCUACUUGAUAGCUCAACUGUAAUCAGCUAUUUUUGUAUUUUUGUAAUAUUUAUCUACUAAGUUAGAGAAGCAGCCUCAUGAUAUUCAGUUGAUUUUGUGUGUGUGUCUGUGUAUGUGUGUGGCUAGCCUCAUUAUCUCUAUAUAUGUAAUCUGAUGGUUUUAAGAACUAAAUUUUCUAGAGCAAUAAAGUGACUAUAAUGUUAAGUAACAGUGUAUUAUUGAUUUCUAAUGUUUUAAAAAAUUAAGUCUUGAAUUAUGUCACAUUUUGGCAGCUGAAGGCAUUUAUUUUUAAGUUACUAGUUUCUUUUGUUUUCUACAAUUGUUUUUAAUCUUGAGAUAAUUUUAGAUUUAUAGAAAAAUUGCAAGAAUAGUACAGAGAGGUCCUGUAUACCUUUUACUAAACUUCCCCUUAUGUUAACAUCCUACAUAAAUACACAACAUUCAUGAAAAUUGAGAAAUUAACCCUGAAACAAUCCUGUCAACUAAGGUACAGAACUUAUUCAGAUUUCACCAGUUUUUCCAUUUAUUAAUUUUUUGGGGUGUUCUGUUUUUACCAUGAUUGUCUUUUACUGACUCACAAGUAUGCUUUUGUUUUAAGUUUUUCCUCUUUAUUUUGAAAAUUUCUGUUGGUCAGAAAGAUUUUCCUAAAGGAAAUAAUUCAUAUUGGUUUUAACAAAGAAGAAUUUUAAUUUAAUUAUUAUAAUUUAGAACACCCUGUGCUUUAAAAGUCAAGGCUUUUUAUCACAUAGCAGGGUUAUGUUUCUGAUAUGCUCAUGUCUGACUGUUCUUUAAAGGAAGGCUUGAUUUAUAAAGAAAAUACUCCUAAGAUCAUGAAAAAGUAAAUUUUAAAAUUUGAGCAUUACUAGAUGUUUUGUUUGCAUGAACUUGUAGUGAGAAAUUCUGCGAUAUGAAUUUGUAUAACCAGCUGAUUUGGCGUCUGAAAUUAUAGUGUAACAUGUACACGUAUCAAAUUGCAAUUAAGGAAAUACAACAGCAGUAUAUAGAAUGAAUGCAGCAGGAGAAAUUAUAUUUGCAGAGCUGAACUACUUUUUACUUACUGGUUUAAAAAAAGUUCAUUUAACAACCAGAACGUAUAAUUCUUUAGGAAGUGGUAUAGUGCUGCCGUUCUUCUCACUCCAGCACUUUUAGAUAUUAAACCCUCUUUGACAGGUGGAAACCGCAUACAAAACCUACUUAAUUCUAACAAGGAUUCUAUAUUCCUUUUUUUAUAUACGUUUUAUAUAUCAUGAAUAUAUCAUGAAUUUAAACUCCAUUUAACAUCAGUUCAAAGAGAAAUUUCUUAAAUAGCAAUUCGUAUUUAAAUUUUCUUGGAAUAAAACUCAUCAAGGUAGAUCUUCCUAGAAGUAAGCAAGAAAGAAAGCUAACUUUUUUAAAAUUUAAAUUUAGAUAUUUAGGAACCUCCCUUACAGGGAAAAUCAAAGCAAGCUAAUAUUAAAACUAGAAGUUAGGAAAGAUUUAUGAGGUCUGUUGUAUAACUAAGAAAUGUAAAGGUAUUGGAAAACUUCCUUUCUUCCUAAAAAUCAAAUUAGGUUUUUAAGUUUAGGGCAUGAAUAUUAGUCAUCCUGGAAAGGAAAAUGAGUGUAUAUGUAAUAAGACAAAAGGAACUGAGACUUAGGUUUUUGGAAAGUUUGAUAUCAGAGGGAAUGAAAUUAAUAUUGAGGAAUUCCUUAUCUAAUGCUAAGGAAUUUAUGUGAUUAAUAUAGUUACUCUGAAGCCUCUCCCCCUCCACUCCUGCUCAGAUCCCCGUAGGAUCUGCUAGCCUCAAAGCUCUCACCACAUUUAGACUACUUUGAUACUUAUUCUGUGAAAUGAAAACCUCAAGGGGGAGAGUAACCAUAGACAGUUAUGUUUAAGAGCAGUAGGUGGCACUCUUUCCUCAAGUAGCCCCCCACUUGUUUCACAUACCAUGUUGGAAGGUUAAAUGCCACUAAAAGUACUGAGUCAGCCAUAAAACUAAGGAUCUGAAUUCCAUGACCCUUUUUAAUAUGUAAUUAUUCAAUAUUCAACAGAUAUUUAGUAAGCAUUUACUAUGAGUAGAUUUUUUAAAUACUGAAAUGUUCAAAAGCUGGAAGAAGUACCCUGUUAAUAUCUGCUUUCUACGCAAACAGUUUUGGCCACAGUUGAGAGUGGCAUUAUUCAAAUCAUAAUCUGUUUUUUUUUCAUUUCAUUUAAGUGCCUAAAUCACCUAAAUACAUCAAUUAUAAAAUUAUUCUUUCUCUUUCAUGUUCAACUGUGUAGAAAAAUGGUACUUAAAGUUUUUUCAUGGUCAUUUUGUAGGUACACAAGGUAUAGAGCCAGUUCAGCCUCUUAAAAUUUAGGCUUUUCACAGUAGAAUAAAAGCAGAUUGAAAUCUUUGGAUAUCAUAUCAGGAAUGGUACCUAGAUUUGUAAAUCCAAUUCAAGUUGUAAAUCCAAUUCAAUGCAAAGACAACUAGUUUCUCAUAACACCUCAUUGGACUUUGUCUAGGAUUAGGAGAAUUUUAGAGAGCUGUAUGAUGGUAUAGCUCAAUAGAUGGUAUACCAAAGGUAUCCGUUUAUAAAUCCAGGAGUUAUUUCCACAGUUUGUUUUAAUGAGCAGUCCUCUUAAAAUGUUCUGGGUGGAAAGUUCUUACUGGAUCUGGCAUUAAGGAUAAGAAAGAAGCUGCUAAAAGUUUGGUAAUCAUUGUUCUAGGACAUGUUUAUUUUCUAAGGUGGUAUUCAGGUGGCUCUUAGAGGGAACACAUUGUUCCUGUGUGAGGGAUUAACCCUAGAGUAGUCUUUUUUGCAGUGCAAAUAGGAAAACUGACAUGCAUUGAAUUUGAGUUGACUUGAUAAGAGAGAAAGUACGGUAUUUUUAAAAUCUAAAGCAGAUUCUUUUUCUUAGAAAAUGAUAGGAAGAAAUUAUUGAUGGAUGUCUUUGCUAGAAUCGAAAAAUUAGCUCAUAUUCCCGGAGAAAGGCAGGCUCAAGAAUCAUUUCACUUUUUCCAUCAUAGCCCUCUGAAGCUACUUUUUUGAUAAGCUCAGUACUUUUAAACUUACCUUUUUUUCUUGGUUCAUCACUGAUUAAUUCCAAACUUUGACCAUUUUCUUUUGUAACUUUAAAAUAGAACAAUUGCUUUUGACAUGAAUUUUUGCUUACAUAUAUAUUUGUAUAAGUUAAGACCAAAUGGGCAAAAUCUUGAGCAGGUAACAUCUGUGAAGUGUAUAUAUUGGAACAAAUGUAAAAGGGUCGCAAAGAUUAGAAAGAGUCAACACUGCUUGAUUUAUAAAUGCAUUACUUCUGGUGCUGUAUACAAUGGGUAAUAUUGAACUAAAAAAUUUGUGUAUACAGUAGGUCAGCAUUUCUUAGUAAUUUCUCUUGAAUCCAUUUUUAAUAUUCAAUAUUGUACAAGUUGGGGUUACCAGCCAAUACUAUCCAGACUGUAUAAAUUUAUAAAAUAAGUUGAAAAAUUUAUCAUUCCCCUGUAUUCAAGACCAAAGUACAUAAAUGCUAAUGUAGGGCUCAGAGGGGAAAUAUAUUUCUCCUGAAUAUUUGACAAAAUACUCAGUCCUUUCAAGAAAAUCUAAUAAACAUAAUAAUCAUAGCCUGCUGACACUAAGGAAAAAGGACCUCAUUCACUCUUUCUUUUAUGCAGUGAUUUACUGCUCCCUACUGAUUUCCAAAUUGGAUCACUAUAGUAAAUUAUCUAUGCUGGUACCUGUGAAAGUAAGCCCUGGGAUCCAUAUUUGUUUUGUGUUCUGCUUAAAUCAGCAAGAAUGAUAAAUUUGAUGGUGUGAAAUUGGAAGUGUCAAGGGCUUUCUUUGGUGAUUGAGCAAAAUAAUGUCUCCACUUGUAAUUUAUUGUGACCCCUUUUCACUGUAUGUGCUUUGUAUAUCUAAUUAUUUAUUUCAAUACAAAUUAAAUUGUUGUUCUUUCAUCUGUAUUGUUAUAUCUAAGAUUUUAUUGAUGUAAAAAUCAAAUUGUGUAAUAAAAAUCUCUCUGGCUUAA